CUCUAAUCAGUAGGAAAGAAAACCAGAGUCGACUUCUCCUCUGUGUGGACAAUAAAAACUAAUACCUGCUGAACUCUUCUCUUCCAAAACUCUCUUACUAACUUUUCUCCUUGAAGAGAUCAACAGAGCUUCAUCAUGGCAGUUAGCUGCAGACAGAUUCUGGGUUUGGUCUCAGCCAUCAUUGGUGUUCUAGGGACAAUAGUUAUCUGUUUCCUCCCAUUGUGGAAAGUCUCAGACUUCAUUAGUGCUGACAUUGCCACUACUUAUGUGAUCUUUGAGGGUUUGUGGGUGAACUGCAUUCUGCUGACUAAACAUGAGAUGGAGUGCAAAGAGUAUGAUUCUACGCUCACCUUACCUCAAGACCUGCAGGAUGCCAGAGUGCUCAUCGUUUUUGCUAUCAUCAUCCAGUUCUUUGGGAUUGUGCUUGGUGUAGUUGGGGCCAAGUGCACCAACUUUAUACCAGACGCAAGGCGAAAGACCAAAGCAGAUAUAGCUUCUGGAGUGUUGUUUCUCAUUGCAGCUAGCUUGGUGGCCCUGCCUGUCCACUGGACCACACACACCAUUGUUAAUGAUAUGUUCAACCCUGACCUGCCCAGCGAUCAAAGGAGGGAUCUGGGAGCUUCACUCUUCAUCGGCUUGGUGUCCGCAGGACUGCUAUACCUGGGAGGAGCCCUUCUCUGCUGCUCCUUUUUCUGCAGGAUUGAGACAGAAUGUGACGUUAAAUCUGCACAUACUAACACUAAACAACAACGUUCAUCUAGACAGCGUUCUACUAGAAACAAGAAAAAGGUUUCAUGAUGGUUUCACUCUCUGUUUGACUGAGUCCACUGUUAACAUCAGGUAAUAAAGUCUGAAAUAUGAGUAAAAAUUUGUAGGAAUCUUUGCAUUUUGUCUGUAUUCAAAACAUAUGGUAGGAAUAUGUGCAGCAUUCUGAAUGCUUGUGAGCACAGAGUCAAAAAAAGUUGUUUUUUUUAGUUUGUUUUUUUGUUUUAAUGUUUACAGGGUAAAUAACAGAGCCACUGUAAAAUCAUACCCUCUGAUAUGCAUGGGUUUUUACAGGAUAUGGGAACUGAGCUGAGCAAGUUUACAUUCUAAUAGAUUUUAUUGAAUUUCUUCUGUCUCAUAUGCUCUUACCUACACUGUGCUAGCUGUACUGUUCUCAAUGAUUAGUAGACCAGCAUAUGUUGGCUAGCAAAAAGAACUACACAUUUCACGGUAGGCUUUAUUUUAAGUGUUUUCAGGGCGUAAGUUAUAGUGGGACAGUGUUUUUUUUUUCAGCAUUAGCAGUGUUAGCUGCUCCAGCUUGCCAUGUUAGCGGCUAAUGCUAACUGGAGCAGAAGGGCUAAUGCUAUGUUCUUUAAGCUUUUUACCCAAAUUAGCAGAUAAUUCUACACAUAACACUAACUAUUACGCUUUGUGUCACGCUGGAAUUUUUUGGGAUACCAAGUCUACAUUCAGAGCCAAAUCCACAACAAAUAUAUUUUGCAGCACAGAUUUUUCUGUUCCUGUUGUCAAGCAUACAAUGCAUGUUGAACUGCUGUUCAUUGCCAGAGAGAAGCCACUCCUCUUCCUGGAAUGAAGGGAAACCUGCUGCCUCCUCUCUAACACAGUGAAUUAUCUCUGUCCACAUUUUCCCUCAUUUUGUCAGACAGCUCUGACAAAAUGAGGGAAACAAGGAAAAAGUGAUGAGUCCUAUUUGCUGCAGAUCUAAACACAGGAAACACAGGCUUAAGCUGAUCAAAGCUCAGAUUUGAUCUACUGUAAGGAAAUGAAAAUGUCUGAAUGAGGGCUUCAGUUGUGCUUUUUAAUCUGUCUGGAUUUACUCAAGUAUCCAACAACUCUUAUCUGUGGACACAACUACUGAAUAAGCUGUAUCAAGAACUACUGGGAAGAGGAGGAGAUUAAGAAGAGUUUCCAGCUGUUAUCAGUGCAGAAAGGGUUUCAUACCAAAGCUAGUUCUGCAAACACCUAAUUAGCUGAAGAAGACUAGCACUCUAAACUGCUCCUCAUCCACAAGACUAUGUUGGACUUAAAGAUGUGGCCUGUGGUGUGUGCACUGGGAGAGCCCUGAAAGUCUCCAAUUCCUGUCUGCAGUGUGUGGCCUCUUACUGUGAGAGCCACCUCCAGGUUCGGUAUGAAAUUAGGACUUUUCAGAACCAGCGAUCAGCAGUAUAUCAGUUAACCUCUGUGGUAUGGAGGAACACAGAGGCCACGACACAGUGUCAGCUGUAGCAGAAAGGACUGAGAGGCAGAGAGAGCUCAGGCCAACAUGACUCAACAUCCAACAGUGAAACCAGGACACACAGCAAGAUAUAGAAAUGCUUCAGCAGCAUGUGAAGGCCAUCAGUGUCUAUAUUGAUAAAGCAGUGAGGGAAGCCUAGACAAUCUUCAGCCGGCUUGUCCAACUCGUGUAGAAGAAAAUCUUCAGAAGAAGCCACAGCAGGAUAUUACUGAGUUUAACUUACAAUUUUAUCGUAAACAUUUUUUAGUUGAAUAAAUAAAAUACUCCAGGAAUACACUUUGUUAGUCAAACCCAGAGUAUAAUUAACUUUGGUUAUCCUUUUCCAAAUACCACUGAAGGCAACAUUAUCCAGAUAGUGAAGAGUUCAGAGUUUGUUGCUGAAGAAAUACCUUGUUUGCAAUUGCAUUUGACAGCAAGACAUUUUGGUCAGUGUGUGAAGAAACUUGUUGAGAGGAGAAAUCUCAACAUUUAAUAUUGCACUCAACAAUUCAGUGGCCAUAGGUGAUCUUUGUUGACCGUGUUGCCUGAUGGUAUUUUUCACUAGAAAGUCCACAAUAACUAAAAUUUCUAAUAGUUUCUGCAGCUGAAAGUAGCAGUUUAAACAAUUUAAAUCUUAAUUUAAUUCAGUGUGUGAACGUGUGUGUGAAUGGGUGGAUGAUUGAAUGUAGUGUGCUUUUGGGUCCAUCAGCACUAAGUAAAAGCGCUAUACAAAUACAGGCCAUUCAUUUUUGUCUGUUGUUAAUGCUAUGGAAGAAUGGUUGUCCAAGUAAGGCCAACUGGUCGAUAUAUAUUGGGUGUUUUGGACUUGGAGAGGGGAUUUAACCGCAUCUCUUGGGGUUGUUUUGUAGUUAGAGAGAAGGAAGAGAGGAUAAAGACAUGCUGUGGAAGAGAGACAGAGAUUAAUAACA